GCGGCUUUGACUUAAUUGAUGCUUUGUGUGGCAGCGUGGAAAGCUCUGCGUUUUGCGAAGAAAUUCCGGUUAGAACUGUUUUAUUUCCGAGACCCCGAGGAACUGCUGGCAACUUGUAUUUCUGGUAUUUUCAAUAUUAAAGCAGUUGAGGAAAGACUAAUGUGCUUAGUUUUUCCAAGUGGGACUGAAGAUUGAAGGAAUCGAGUUCACUCUUCCCCUGCACACCUGCAAUGACAGCGCGGAAAGUCUUGCCUUUGACCUUUGCCGUCCUUGUUUGUCUCCUUUUAUAUGCCUUACUGUGGCAGCACAUCACAACUUAUAACAACAGACGACAUUUGUACCAUGGGGCUUCACCAACUCUGUUCAGUGGAAGUGAAAGUCCUGGGUCCACAAGCAGAAGUAUGAUGCAAAGCGCUUCAUUUGAAUGGAAAGAUGACAACCCUGACUCAGUUACUGAACAAAGUGUCACUUUCACACGAAGCACAUGGAAAGUUGAGUCAGUACUAAAACAAAUUCAGUCUUCCAAAAGUCCUUCUUCGAGACUAUCCAAAAAGCAGGGAUUGGGAUACACUAGUACAAAUGAGGUCUUUGCAAAGCCUGUCACAGUGAAGCAGAGCAAGGUUGACCCUUCACUGGGCAGCCGAACGUAUGAUACCUCCCCUAUACAGCAAAAUAUAAUAAGUACUAAACUUCUGUCUAAACAAGGAAUUACAGAGGGUCAUCAAACGGACAGUGUUGCCCUCCUACGCCUGAUGUUUAAGGAAGCUUUUGUGAAAAUGCCAAAAUGGGAAUUUGAGGAUCUCUAUGUUCGGGAUGCUAAUUUCAAACAAACGUCUUGCCCAAAAUCAUUAAGGAAUAACACAGACCCUGAGUUUAAGAAUGCCUUCAUUCCCGAUGUCCGGCUUUUCAUGCAGCCGGAAGACCUAAACAGGAAUGUUUGGAACCAGCUGUCACACUUCAACAAUCCCUUUGGCUUCAUGGGGUACAUGUACAAGGAUGUGAAACAGGCAGUAGAUCUAAUCCCCAAGCUGAAAAGCCAUCAGCUCCUGCCAGUUCCUAAGUCAGGCUGUAUAAGUUGUGCAGUCGUGGGUACUUCAGGAAUUCUUAAUGGUUCCCGGAUGGGCCAGGAGAUAGAUUCUCACGACUAUGUGUUUCGAAUGAAUGGUGCUGUUAUAAAAGGGUAUGAAGAGGAUGUAGGAAAUAAGACGUCAGUGUAUGUCCACACAUCACAUUCCAUUAUUAGUACACUCGGUCAGUUGGGAAAGUACGGCUUUACCAGUAUCCCUACUGAUGAGGGCAUCAAGUAUGUCUUCUUACCAGAGGGGUUGCGAGAUUUCCAGUGGCUCCACGCUCUGCUGAAUAAGGUGCAGGUGCCCAAGGGGGAAUAUCAGAACUUAAUACCCCGGAUGUACUACCCUAACUCACUGGAUUUGAAUCGGUUCUAUGUCCUGCACCCAGAUUUUCUCAGAUAUGUAAAGAACAGGUUCAUGAGGUCUGCUCAGCUGGAGUCUGCUUACUGGCACUACUACCGACCCACUAAUGGAGCGUUCACACUGUUUCUGGCCCUGCACACAUGUGAUGUGGUGGAUGCAUAUGGAUUCAUUACAGCCAACCACAGUCAAUAUCCAAACUACUAUUUUGACAAGUUAAGAAAAUCCGUUAUUUUUUAUAUCAACCAUGAUUAUAAUUUGGAGAUUAAGUUAUGGGAGAAAUUAAAUGAUGCCAAGAUCAUUAGAUUGUAUAAAAGGAAAGAAGACAAGGACAAUGGUACAGACCAGUUCCAUUGAAAUUGCAAAAUAUCUUUUUCCUUCAUAUGUGUACUGUUGUUUGUGUAAAUGUUUUGUCAUUUUUUCUUAUCCUGAGCAAGGUUUGUCUGUUUUAAGUUAAAUUAUAUUUACGGUGGUCAACAAUACUACAUUGUAUGUCAGUGUUGUCAUUCCUUUUUUCCCCCCACUUGUCCUGUUUAUUUAUGUAUUUUAUGUAGCACUACAGUCCUGGGAACAUUAGCUCGCAUCACUAUUUGCAGUGUAGCUACUGAAUAUGGUUGGCGUGACAAUAAAACUCCAUUUGACUCUUGAGCAUUGAAAUUCAGUUUGUAGCGAAUUUGUAUGUCACAAGUUUAAGUUAAACCAUUAAACAAAUAUUAGAAUGUU